GCGACGGACUGUAAAGUCAGGAACCAACUUCGGUAACUUCACUGCUGCAGUCCAUUGCCUGUAUAUGUGUGCAGCCCCGCACUGGCCAUGGGGGACAUGAAGACCCCCGACUUUGAUGACCUGCUGGCAGCGUUUGACAUUCCCGACAUUGAUGCCAAAGAAGCCAUUCAGUCCAGCCCAGAGGAGGAACGGGAUCAAUUAGGGACUAAUGUUGGCCACAGACGGAGUGGCUCUCCACCCUGCUUCCCCCCCGCUGCCCCGCACAGCGAACCGCCUGUUGUCAGCGUGAUUGUGAAGAACACGGUGCGAUCGGAGUCUGUUGAUGAGGAGGACAAAUCUGUCAGGGAUAAAGCAGACAAUCCUGCGAGCGGUGCCUUAGUCUCUCAGGUCGGGGUCAAGUUGGAUGACCUCACCUCACAGCUUACUCCCAAACUGGCUUCUGCUGCUGGAUUGGAGCCACAGCUUUCCAAUGGUUUCGAGGAACCUGUCACCAGUCAUCAGCAGCAGGCCAGAACAGAGUCCUGGUCCAGGGCUUUGCCUUUGAGGCCAUUGCUAGAUGAUAAACGAGACGAGAGUCAAACAGUCACUGAACCCGGGUCCAUCCAACACACAUCAGAUGUCAUGAACAGUUUCAGGCCCCUCCUCUACCCUGAGCCGCCUACCGCUGCCGGGCCCACCUCAUCACCUCCUUCCUCCCCACUGCCUGUCGGCUCCCACAAUUCUCCUCAUGUCUCCUCUCCUCUUAAAGAUGAAGGUCAUCUGCAGAACAAUCCAUCAUCCUCUCCUCUUCCACAGAACAGAAACACAGAAAUUAGCGAACAACUGCUCACAGAUGAAGACUCAGAGCCAGAUAUAGAAGGUCCGCUGGUGAUCCAGGAAAGCCCUGAAUCCUCACCACCUAUACUCAAACGCAGAGAUAAAUUACACUCUGACCUUCUUGGGUCUCCUUCAACCACUGCUAGUCACGUUUCUCCUCCUCCUCUUCCUAAACUUACGUUUUCAAUGGCCCCGACAAACCCUGAAAGCAACCGUCAAGAAGAUGGAGGACCAGUCCUCAGUAACGCUCUCCCUUCAGCUUGUGAGACACUCUGCUCCCCAGAGCAGCUCCCUACUGUCAGUACAAAUGCUGCUCUGGUCCAGGAGGAUGAAUACCCAGACCGUAUAAUAGAAGAGAGGGACUCCCCAGAGAGCCCCCCGCCCUAUGAGACAGGUCUCCUCGCCACCAGUAGAAGCAACGGCUCUGACUCGGGCCAAACGCCAGGGCUAACUGUGAACUACAAGGAACUCAGUCAACAAGAGGAGCCGAUGGAAACCAGCCAGGAAGGUCAUCCAAGUGGCAUCGAAUUGAAUGAAAAGGUGUCUGGAGAUGGAGAAAUUUUAAAUGAGCCGAAUUGUGAUGCCGACUCGGAAGACGCUCCGUCUGCUGACGUUAGUGACACAGGUUCGACGCCCGUGCGCCCAAUCAAAGUGACAAUUAAAGUGCCUACAAGCAGCAACUCGAGGACCGGCGUUGCACCUAAGAGAGGUGGAAGGGCCACUUCCAAAAGUGUGGAUGGUUCAAAACGUUCACCGAGAAGUCAGAACACGAGAUCCAAAAAGCAGUUGCUCCAGCAGUCUCAGUUGCCUGCAGUGGCUUUGCUCCAGGACGCCUGUGCUGCAACACUUCAAGGUGCCAACGCCGUCAAGGAGAGAAAAUCUGUGAAGAGAAAACCAAAGGUUUCCCCAACAGCAGUGAGCAUCACCAAAACCGUCUCCCUGCCCUCCGUCUCCUCCAGCAGAGUGACCUCAGGUGCCAUUAGCCUGCGCAACCUGGGGCAGAAAACUCUCAACAGUGGGAUUUCCCUGCCUGCGCCUUUACCCCUGCUCCCCCCGCAGACCAACAGCAGGCCGGCCUCCAUAGUCAACAACACUGGGGCGAUCAUAUCCAAGAGUCAAACCAACCUGGUCGAAGCUUUCAACAAAAUCCUCAACAACAAGAAUCUGCUGCCCAGUUACAAACCCGACCUGAGCAUCCCUCUCCCAGCCGAGUGGGACCUUCCUCUCCCUGCACAGGGCUACCGCUGUUUGGAGUGCGGCGACGCCUUCGCCUUGGAACGCAGUUUGACUCAGCACUACGACCGGCGCUCGUUGAGAAUCGAGGUGACCUGCAAUCACUGCACCAAACGGCUGGCCUUUUUCAACAAGUGCAGCCUGCUCCUGCAUGCCAGGGAACACAAGGAGAAAGGGCUGAUCAUGCAGUGCUCGCAUCUGGUCAUGAAGCCCGUCCCUGUGGAGCAGAUGAUCAGCCAGCCGGAGCCAGCAGCAGCCGAGCCCGCAGGCCAGAACAACGCAAAACCAGCAGGCCCGGCACAUCAAGCGGUGCCAAGCAAGAAAGCAGAGGCCGUGCAGUCCAACAAGAACAGAUGCUCCGAGUGUCAGCUUCAGUUCAGCAGCAAGGAAGAGGUGGCGGAGCAUUUCCAAGAAAUCAAAUUAGCACACAGCAACUCAUGUUCAGAGUGUUAUCCUCCCAUGCUGCUGCCCAACAACUGCAGCGCGGCAGCCCAUCAGCGCAUCCACCAGGCCAGCGCGCCACACGUCUGCCCGGAGUGCGGCGACACCUUCAAACAGUCAGUGUUCCAGACGCAUCUGUCGGAAGACUGUCUGCACUUCUCCCGACGCAUCGGCUACAGAUGCUCCAGCUGCCUGGUGGUGUUCGGAGGGCUGAACUCUGUGAAGGCUCACAUCCAGCAGGCGCAUUGCGACCUGUUCCACAAGUGCCCCAGCUGCCCCAUGGCGUUCAAAUCUGCCCCCAGCACGCAGAAUCACAUCAACGCCCAGCAUCCACAGCUCACCGACAAGCAGACCUUGUUGAUCUAUAAAUGUGUCAUGUGCGACACGGUUUUCACACACAAGCCUCUGCUGCACGUGCACUUUGACUCUCACCUGGUCAAUCAGAAGGUGCACGUCUUCAAAUGUCCCGACUGCACCAAGCUGUUCUCUCAGAGGAGUUCCCUGCUGGACCAUUCCAAGACUCACAGGACUGCCGCUCCAAAGCUGCCGUCGCCUCCACCGCGGUCUGCGGUGAAGCUUGAGAGCUCUGACGAGGAAUCCAUGAAUGAAGAGAGCCAAGAGAACGUGAAGUCGGUGAAGGUGGCUGCGCCGUCCGGGUGGACGUGUCAGUCCUGCCGCACGCGCUAUCGAGCCAGAGAAGACUAUAUCUCCCACAUGCGGGAAAAACACGACCAGAUUUUGAAGAAAUAUCCCUGCAACAAAUGCGGAAGCUCCUUCUCCAACAACUCCAACAUGAUGCGUCACAUGAGAGAUAAGCACACGGUCAUAAGUCGGGGUUUCCGCUGUCAGUUUUGUACGGAUGAUAAGAAAACGUUCAGCAGCAGAGCGAUGCUGGACAGACACGUUCUGCUGAGACACACUGUGGAUGCUGUGGGCCAGGACGCAGCGCAGGGAGUCAAAGAAGAGGCGGAGGCCUCUGCGGAGCAGGACGGCAGUGCCGGGAUUUGCAGCAAGAGGCCGAGAGAAGCCGUGAAGAAGAAGCCGGACGAGGAUUCUUCGGCGAAGAAGUCGCGCUCCUCCGCCCCCUCCCAGUCCGUGGCUCCCCAGCCUCCUCACGACUCGGGCUUCCGCUGCGCUCCCUGCGGCUUCACCACGGAGGAGCAGGCGGCCUUCCUGGAGCACAUCGGCCAGCACAGCGGGGCGGAGGGCGCCGCCCUGCAGUGCCUGCAGUGCGGAGCCUGCUUCGCGUCGUCCUCCUCCCUGUCGCGCCACCGUUUCAUCACCCACAAAGUGAAGGGGGUCAUGGCUGACGGCCAGCACGCCGCCGGCGCGCGCUCACCGGGGAGCAGCAGGAACCACAAAGACAAGAGUUCUGUGAACGGAUCUGCGCCGGCGUCCCCCUUCAGCCAGCCGGCCGCCGGUCUGGGGAGCGAGGAGGACGGCGCCCUGGGCUGCAAGGUGUGUGGGAAACACUUCGAGAAGGCCUCUGAUCUCAACACACACUUCAGAACGCACGGUAUGGCUUUCAUCAACGCCAGGAAUGCAGGGAAAAAUACCUAAGAUGAAGCAGACGGAAAGAAAAGUCCCCCAGUUGCCUUUUUCAGUCCUGCUCGUUUUCUCUGAAGCGUGAGUUCUGCACUGAUUUAUCCAAAGAUCGUUGCUCUCGGAAUGCAUUGUAACAUAGUUAGAUACGAUUCUCACCAGUCAACAUGAGCCUUUCACCUCGGACACUCAGGAUCUAACGCUGCGUUUUUAUCUUCGCUAAAAGCACCGAGAGAGGAGAUUAGAACUACUUCACUGCCGGCGGAUGCUUCGGAGGCUUCUUAUGGGGCUCUUAUAGCAGCGCGGGUGUGUUGAUGCGUGGUUAAUGAGAUUUGUGUGUGCCUGUGAGGACCGGUAAACGUCUCCCUGACCACCCGUACCUCAGCUCCCUGAAUAUUCAGCCGAUUGUACCGUUUUUUUUCCGCCACAGCUUUCCAUUUGUUUGUUGUGUUUGCUCUCAUUAAUGGCUCGCUCUUGUCACCCUGCAGGCUCUUUGACCUGCGCUGCGUCUCCAUCUGUACCGCCUUCACCGCACAUUGAAGCUUAAUAAACAGAGCAAACAAAACCCGGCAUUUCAGACAAGUCUUUGUCACUGAGCACAAUUUUCCUGACGCACAUCAACACAGAUUGUAUUACGAGCACAAAUUUUGUCAUGCACACACAAAUCUGUUGAUCUGUUAAGCAUCAGUUUGUACUCAUUGAGUAACAAUGCUGGAAUAAUAUGGCCUUCCUAACCUCUGGAGAGCAUAAACGCUGGUUUUCAGCAGUGUUCCAGUCGUCUGCAGUCUGGUGAAAGUUACAAUUUCUUUAUUGUAUAGUUUUCCUCCUGAACUGUGACGCUUUAAAGAAAACAUCAAAAUCACACACACAUUGAAAGAACAUGAAAAAAAUGGCAUUAAUUCACAAUUAAGUAAUUAGAAAUUGUUUUUGCUUCUGUGUUAUAUGAUGACUCCACUAACCUUGUCAGUACAGAGAACUAAUCUUUAUGUAAUUUCUUUGAAGGUGUUUAAAAAUCAAUCAGUAAAUUGAAAAAAAACAUGUAUAUGCAUGUGUGUAAAUACCGUUGGAAGACGAAAAACAUUUGUCUCAAAAGUUGCUCCAGAGAAAGCAAACGUGAAUCCAAAAGGUGGAAAAUAUUUGUUACAAUCAGCAAUCAGUUCACAAACUUUCAGAGUCAUAACAUCGGUCACCUUUGUUUUAUGUAACGUGUGUAAUCGACAUGUUUUCCUGUGGCUGUCUCAGAGAAAAGGUCCAGCUUCCUCUGUAUUACUGCUGUUAAGAGAAGCUCCCUCCUUCCUCAGGAUUAUAGAAGGACUCAUUCCUCCAUUUUAUGCUCAGUUUGUGUCUGGGAGGUUCUUUGACGUGUCGACAGUCGUCGUCUUCACCGUAUCACCGCUGUGAUGUUGUCAUCCCGCUGCGAUUGUGACGUCUGUUCCAUGAAGGCUGAUACGCAGCUCCAGAAACCUCGUCUGGCUUCAGGCGUUUUUUUUUUUUGUUUUUUGUUUUUUGUCCUGCUGACUGUUUGUUUCCGUGUUUUCUUGAGAAUCGUUGCAGUACUGUAAAACACGAUUAUCCACUUUCCUCAAGCAUACCUGUGAAUCAUUGCCAGCUCUUUUUCACAGCAGGUUACAGGAAUCGGAUUGAUUCCCAACUUGAACUUGCAGCGUCUGGUUAGCGUUCAUUUAGUCGCACAACUCGGUUAACUUCCAUCAAUGAUCCACGUCAGCUUUCCUAUGAGCAUGAACCAGAGCCUGGUGACAGAAUGAGGACUUCACGGUUUAAACGUGGAUUCUGUGUUGUUGGAAAUGGUUUGCCACAAGCGCUCAUGUAUAUUAUUUAUUGUGAUCAGACUCUGAAAUCCAUUUGUUAGUGAAUCAUACUGUGUUUGUUUACUCUAAAAGAGCUGAAAAUAAAUAAAACUUUUGGUAUGCAAACAUGUUUUUCUAAACCUCGCUUUUUAAUUUACUGCUAGUAAAGCAUCCGUACUUUUGUUCAUUUCUGGGCUUUUUGUUGUUUAUUCACUGCUGAAAAUAAAAAGGUUUGUGAAGGUUUGU